AGACCGACCAAUUGUGCAAGCUUUCGGAGAUAGCGCUCUAUCGUAUUCGCAAGUUUCGCGGUGGUUGAAAGAGUUUAAGGAAGGCCGGGAAGAGGUGGUUGACGACCCCCACGCUGGACGGCCGUCAACCAGCACAACCGACGACAAUUUCACCCGUGUGCGCGAUCUGUUAAAUUCUGACCGUUGGUUGAGUGUCCAGAUGAUUGCGGAAACUCUCAACAUUCCCAAAACAAUUGUACAUGAACUAGUGACCGAUAAAUUGCACAUGAGGAAGGUGCGUGCCCAAGCUGGUUCCCAAGCUUUUAACGGACGAUCAGAAGAAUUACGGGUGACUGUCGCGACUGAACUUCUCGAAUGCGUGAAAAUUGAGCCUUCUUUCUUGGAUAAUGUCAUUACCGGGGGUAAAACAUUGUGUUUCGAGUACGACCCAGAAACAAAACGUCAAAGCUGCAAGUGGCACACCUUGGGAUCCCCAAAACCGAAAAAAGCAAGAAUGAGCAAGUCGAAAAUGAAAACGAUGUUGAUUGUCUCUUUUGACGCCAAAGGUGUGGUUCACAAAUAG